UUAUAUAUAUAUAAUUAUGAAAAAAAAUGACAUGUCAUUUAAAAUUGUAUUUGAAUUCAUGUCAUUUCAAACUUGCUCAUAUUUGCCUCACGGUACGGUUUUUUCGUUCUUAUUGAAUUAUGAAACAAAUUUAGAUCUUGAUUUCAUGUAAAAACAUUACAUAUUUAAGCUUCUUUUUUUUUAAUGUCAAUGAAAACAUUAUUUAUUUUUUGCUUAUAAAUACGUUAUCCAUUGAUUACAAAAUCGAUAUAGAAUUUUUCUUCAGAUUUCGUAUUAAACGAUAUUUAUUACUCGUCUGACACACAUGUUUCGCUUUCACUAUUUAGAAUGUUACAAUUAAUAUUUUGUCACGAAUAAGAACAAAAAUUAUACAGUAUUCGUCAGUUAUAUCGUUAUCGAAGUAUUUACAUUUUAAAUGUACAUUUAAAUAUAACACAGUAUUUUAAAAUCUAAAAAAGAAGAAGAAGUUUGUAGAAAUAAUGGUGCUCGUUGGAGAUACAAAUUCGAUUUUUAAUGCCGGUUUAAUAUUAGGAUGUACCUCUCUAUGUGCUUCGAAGGACAAUGUAAAAGCGAGAAGACUUCGAGAUAUAAUAUUCAUCGUUUUCUCAAUGACUCUGUAUUUAGUUAGUCUCGUAGUAAUGUACGUUUAUGUAUUCUCGUACAAAGAUUCAGAUUUAAAAAGCAUGCUUAUCGUCAUAACAAGAGUAUUUCUUAUUUAUUUGUGUUUGUUCACGGAUGCAUCGGUGACAACUUUAUGGAAUUGGAAGAUUCGAUCCGUUUUAUCGCAGUUACGAAAUUUUGAUCGGGCUACAAAAUUUCGUGAUUUUUCAAAAGGGAAUAAAUUGCGUAUCAUUUGUUAUGUCACAGUGUUCGUCAGUUUCUCAUAUUGGGCGAUAGUAGGAUAUUUCACGUACAGGUAAGAUUUGUAAAAAAGAAUCGAAUAUCGAAUUUUACGAAUAUCACGAUAGUUAUAUACUAUAUCAUAUCAUAUACGGUAAAUGUUCGAAUUUUUAUCACUUAAAAAUUGGAAA